AAUUCCUCUCCUAAUCCAGGGCUAGAUUGCAUGGACCAUGGAUAUUUACUUCAGUUGGAGACAUCCGUCCCAGGUGGUGGACAACAGAAGAAUGAGGAUGACUUCAAGUCUCCAAUGGCUCUUAUCCACAUUUAUUCUUUUAUAUCUAAUGAAUGAAGUAAAUAGCCAGAAAAAGGGGGCACUUCGUGAUUUCAAGUGUGUAACUAACAAUUUGCAAGAGUGGGACUGUUCUUGGAAAGCACCGCUUGGAGCCGGCCAUGGUACUGUUUAUGAAGUUUGCAUUGAAGACAGGCCCCGUUCUUGUUAUCGAUUAGAGAAAACAAACAUUAGACUCUCAGCUCUUUCACCUGGUGAUCAUGAAAUAAAAAUAAAUUCUCUACAUGAUCUGCAGAGUUCUAUGAGCAAAUUCAUAUUAAAUGAAAAAAAUGUUUCCUUAGUUCCAGACACUCCCGAGAUCUUGAGUUUGUCUGCUGAUUUUUCAACAUCUACGUUACACCUCAUGUGGAAUGACAAGGGCUCUGUUUUUCCACAUCACUCGAAUGUCAUCUGGGAAAUUAAAAUUCUACGUAAACAGAGUAUGGAGCUUGUAAAAUUAGUAACAUACAACACAACGCUAAGUGGCAAAGAUGUCAUUCGUCACUGGAGCUGGACCUCGGACAUGCCUUUGGAGUGUGCUACUCAUCAUGUGGGAAUUAGAUGCUACAUUGACUAUCCUCUUUUCUCUGGUCGAAAAGAAUGGAGUGACUGGAGCCCAGUGAAGAACAUCUCUUGGAUUCCUGAUUCUCAGACCAAGGUUUUCCCCCAAGACAAAGUGGUACUUGUAGGCUCAGACAUAACAUUUUGUUGUGUCAGUCAAGAGAAAGUCUUAUUAGCACAGAUUGGUCAUAAAAACUGUCCCCUUAUCCGUCUCGAUGGAGGAAAUGUUGCAAUUGAAAUCCAUAAUAUUUCUGCUUCUGCAAAUAGUGGAACAAAUGUGGUUUUCACGACAGAAGACAACAUGUUUGGAACAGUUGUUUUUGCAGGAUAUCCACCUGAUAGUCCCCAAAAACUGAACUGUGAGACACAUGAUUUAAAAGAGAUUAUAUGUAGCUGGAAUCCAGGAAGACCGACAGCGUUGGUGGGCCCUCGAAAUACCAGUUACACUUUAUUUGAAAGUUUUUCAGGAAAAUAUGUUAAAUUUAAAAGAGUUGAAGCACUUACAAAUGAAAACUACCAGUUACUCUUCCAAAUGCUUCCAAAUCAAGAAAUAUAUAAUUUUACUCUGAAUGCUCGCAAUCCUCUGGGGCGAUCGGCAUCUUCAAUAUUAGUCAACAUAACUGAAAGAGUUUCUCCCCAUACUCCUACUUCAUUCAAAGUGAAGGAUAUUAAUUCAACAGCUGUUACACUUUUUUGGCAUUUACCAGGCAACUUUGCAAAGAUUAAUCUGUUAUGUGAAAUUGAAAUUAAUAAAGCUAAUUCAGCACAAGACUUGCGGAAUGUCACAAUCAAAGGAGUAGAAAAUUCAAGUUAUCUGGUUGCUGUGGACAAAUUAAAUCCAUACACUAUAUAUACCUUUCGGAUUCGUUGUUCUGCUGAAACUUUCUGGAAAUGGAGCAAAUGGAGCAAUGAGAAAAAACAUUUGACCACAGAAGCCAUUCCUUCAAAGGGACCAGAUACUUGGAGAGAAUGGAGUUCUGAUGGAAAAAACCUAAUAAUCUACUGGAAGCCUUUACCCAUUAAUGAAGCUAAUGGAAAAAUACUUUCCUAUAAUGUAUCAUGUUCAUCAAAUGAAGAAACACAAUCCCUUUCUGAGAUCCCUGAUCCUCAACACAAAGCAGAAAUACAACUUGAUAAAAAUGACUACAUCAUCAGUGUGGUGGCAAAAAAUUCAGUUGGUUCAUCUCCACCUUCUAAAAUCGCUAGUAUGGAAAUCCCAAAUGAUGAUCUCAAAGUAGAGCAGGCUGUUGGAAUAGGAAAGAAGAUUCUCCUCACCUGGCAUCAUGACCCCAAUAUGACUUGCGACUAUGUUAUUAAAUGGUGUAACUCAUCUCGGUCAGAUCCCUGCCUUAUGGACUGGAAAAAGAUUCCUUCAAAUAGCACCGAGACCAUAAUAGAAUCUGAUCAGUUUCGACCUGGUGUAAGAUACAAUUUUUUCCUGUAUGGGUGCAGAAAUCAAGGAUAUCAAUUAUUACGUUCUAUAACUGGAUACAUAGAAGAAUUGGCUCCAAUUGUUGCACCCAAUUUUACUGUUGAAGAUACAUCUGCAGAUUCCAUAUUAGUAAAAUGGGAAGAUAUUCCUGUGGAAGAGCUUAGAGGCUUUUUAAGAGGGUAUUUAUUUUACUUUGAAAAAGGAGAAAGAGACACGUCUAAGAGGGGCAGUGUGGAAUCAGGUCGUUCCGACAUAAAGGUUAAGAAUAUUACUGACAUAUCCCAGAAGACACUGAGAAUUGCUGAUCUUCAGGGUAAAACAAGUUAUCAUCUGGUGUUGCGAGCCUAUACAGAUGGUGGCAUGGGCCCAGAGAAGAGCAUGUUUGUGGUGACAAAGGAAAAUUCUGUGGGCUUGAUCAUUGCCAUCCUCAUCCCCGUGGCAGUGGCUGUCCUUGUUGGUGUAGUAACAAGCAUCCUUUGCUAUCGGAAACGAGAAUGGAUUAAAGAAACCUUCUACCCUGAUAUCCCAAACCCGGAAAAUUGUAAAGCAUUGCAAUUUCAAAAGAGUGUCUGUGAGGGAAGCAGUGCUCUUAAAACAUUGGAAAUGAAUCCUUGUACUCCAAAUAAUGUUGAGGUUCUGGAGACUCGAUCAACAGUUCCUAAAAUAGAAGAUACAGAAAUCAUUUCUCCAGUAGCCGAGCGUCCUGAUGAUAGCUCUGAUGUGGAACCUGAAAACCAUGUGGUCGUGUCCUACUGUCCUCCCAUCAUCGAGGAGGAGCUGCCAAACCCGGCAGUGGACGAAGCUGGAGGGACCGCACAAGUCGUUUACAUUGACGUUCAGUCCAUGUACCAGCCUCAGGCCAAACCAGAGGAGGAACAAGACACUGACCCUGUGGUGGGCGCAGGCUAUAAGCCCCAAAUGCGCCUCCCCAUUAACUCUGCUGCAGAGGCCACAGCUGCAGGAGAUGGGGUGGAUAAAACUGCAGGCUAUCGGCCUCAGGCAAAUGUAAACACAUGGAACUUAGUCUCCCCAGACUCCCCUCGAUCCACAGACAGUAACAGUGAAAUCGUCUCUUUUGGAAGUCCAUGCUCCAUCAACUCCCGACAAUUUUUGAUUCCCCCUAAAGAUGAAGACUCUCCUAAAUCUAAUGGAGGGGGGUGGUCCUUUACAAACUUUUUUCAGAACAAACCAAAUGAUUAACAGUGUCACCCUGUCACUUCAGUCUGCCAUCUCAAUAAGCUCUUACUGCCUGCGUUGCCUCAGCAGCGCUGGGCAUUCUUAGAGGGACCUGUGAAGCAUUGGAGCCAAGUGAACUUCACCACGUGCAGGUUGUACUAGGAGUGUGCAUGAGCUUUUGAUGCCGUCCAAAAGCCAAAGUACGUGACUCGGAAUCCUCAACCCACAACUCAAGAUUCAGAGCUAUUGGUGUUUGAGCUAAAGAAUUUCCCCUUCAAGAGGCAAAUGCUGUACGCAGAACAAAUCCCACAGCACCUGUUUUCUGUUGUUAAUGGUUUUCUUGUAUGUAUGCUUGUGGAAUUACAAGGGGGAUUUGCAGGCAUGGGAGAAAAAUGUCAUAGUCACAUAAUGUUUAUUUGCCUGACAUUUACUCCAUUUUAGAGGACAACCAAGCACAGGAUUUUAAACUUUUAAGAUGAUUCUCCUCUAUCCACAGCAUUUACAAAAGUUAAUAUAAUUUUUAAUGUAGCAACAGCUAUUUAGUGUUCUGUUUGAUAAAGAGUGCUGAUUUCUGUGCCUACUGUAUAAUGGUUAUCAAACAGUUGUCUCAGGGGUACAAACUUGGAAAACAAGUGUGACACACUGACCAGCCUGAAUCAGAAUCAUGUUUUCUUGCUUUGGUAGGUUUUUCAAACCUUUCCAUUGUUUUUUUAGCUUUUAUGCUAGCUUCCGUUACUGCAGUUGGUUACCCUAAUAUUUGAAACUUAAAUUUCUAGGCCUAUAGAUCCAAGUGGGUUUUUUUUAAAUCCAUUUUAUUUUGUGAUACAGUGUCAGCUUUAUAUGAGUAAACUAAAUAUUAUUCAUAAGCAUAUAAUUCCAAUGAUUUCCUAUGUGAGAUGACUACUAAGCAAUAUCUAGCGGCAUUACUGGCCACGUAGCUCUGAUUGGCUUUGGUUCCCCCUGAAAAGACCAUGCCCUUGAGCCCAGUCAUCAGGCAGUGGUGUUCUUUGGCGCUUCCCAGCAGGUUUCCUCCCCCUCAUCUGUCAGAUCUCUCCCCCCUGCUCAUAAGCAGUUAUCAGUCCAGACUAUCAGAUCUAGUCCUGAAGUGGUUAAGUUUAAAACUAAAAUGAGAAUGCUUCUUUCAGGAACAGUUAAGAGCUACGUCAUGUGGAAGUCAUAAAGUCCAUUUGAAUCAGUGCGCGUACCUACAGCACAGGUGCAGCGGUUGCUUGGAGAACCUUGCAGAGGCACAUCUUGAGCUCAGGUGUGCUCUGCCCAUCCUGGUUCCUCAUCAGGGAUGUUCUGGAGUGAGUGUGUUCCUAGCAAAGCAAAGUGCAAAACGAAAAAGCCCGUUGUGUGUUUUCCCUGCCCUCGGGUUGUCUAUGUAUUUUGUCAUUUGAUAGUUAAUGCGGAAGUACUUGAAGAUUUGAAACAUCGGAUUUAGUUAAGAUAGGCUUGUUUUGUAUCAUCUGAAGUUCUGCAAUGUAUACCCAAAUAAUGGAGCAAUCAUUAUUAGUUUUAGCUCUUACUGUAUCUUUUUUAAAACCAUGUUGUAGAGAAAGAACACAGGGUGACAAGGGACAAAAUCUAUUUAGGUACUCAGUUUAUGAAUCCUUCUUUUAACUGCUAGAUUUAAACUAAAUUCUGAGCUUCUUGAUAUGUGGAAUGAAAUGUAAUUAUGCACAUGCCUAGUGUAUUAAAACUAUAUAAUAGCUUAUAUAAAUUUUUAAUAAUGAAAAAUAUACCAAACCAGAGCCAUCCCUAAA